AUGGGGUUUGGAGAGUGGACUGGGGAAGAGAGAACCAAGGGUGAAGCGAGGCAGAUGCGGUGGUGGGGUUGGUGUAGGAGGAACAGUGGUAGUGGGAGGAUGGUGGUCAGACGACGACGGGUCGAGUGUGAGGAAUCCGUAGCUAGUGGAUGUGAGAGAGAGAAUGUGGUGGCUGAAAGCAGCAGAGCCGUCGAUUUGAGAAAAUUCACAUUGGCGCAGUGGCAAAAUUGUGCCUGGUACUUCAAGUCUUUGAUCGAGGAUCAAAGACAAAGGAGAAAGCCAGAGAAAUUCUUAAAUCGCAUGCAAGAGCAUGGAGGAAUUCAUCAUGCAUUCCAACGCACUUGUUAG